UUAACGGGCGUGCGGUUGCCAGGAGAGACGCGCGUGCAGUACAGUGUGCAGCUUUAACGGCAGAGCGGCACGGGCUCUCCCCCGCCAUUUCCUCGUGUCGAGCCCUGGAAUGUCGAGUAGCGGCUCGGGCUCUUCCUCGCGGAAGGAGUUCGAUGUGAAGCAGAUCCUCCGUAUCCGAUGGAGGUGGUUCGGUCACCCCGCGGUCCCUCCGCCUCACUCCCCGCCGCUUGGAGACUACUUUUCCGGGAGGAGAGCGGGCAGCAGCUCCGGAGAAGGACCGUCAGUUAGCGGCUGUAGCAACUCGAAUUCAGCCAGUGCAAACCCCAGCUCCGGGGGUCACGGCGGGCUGGUGUCCAGCGGCAGCGCUGGGUCUAACCUGUGUAACGGCAGCAACAGAAAGUUUGCUGAUCCGGCGGGGAGUCGGGGCGGUCCGGGGGGAGCGGCAGUGGGAGCGACGGGGAGCUCCUGCCCCCGCUCCUUCAGCCAGCCAGAGUGUAGGAGCCCUGCCGCGGCGCUGUCCUGGGUGUCCCCGCCGCCUCAUCGUCGCUCCCGUCCGCUGACGAGCAUGGAGCCCCCCGGCGAGGCCCCGGUCCCUCAGCUGGUGCUCGAGCAGCCCGUUCAUACCGGGGCUGAGGAGGAGGCGGCGGCACCGGCAGCGUCGGGCACCGAGGAUAACCACCCGGAGACCGACUCCAGCUCCUGCAGGACGUCUAACAGCAGCGCUACACUGUCCUCAUGUGUGUCGAUGGAGCCAUGUGCAUGUCCAGAGGAGUGUAUGUUCACAGCUCUGUCCCACGCAGACGUCACCUUCCGCAAGAUGGAGGGUUACCUGAGGUCCCGCCAGCUGUGUGAUGUCAUACUGGUGGCUGGAGAGAGACGGAUACCUGCACACAGACUGGUCCUCUCAUCCGUGUCGGACUACUUUGCGGCCAUGUUCACCAGUGAUGUGAGGGAGGCCAAGCAGGACGAGGUGAAAAUGGAGGGAGUGGACCCUGAUGCAUUGUGGGUCCUGGUGCAGUAUGCAUACACAGGCCGUCUAGAGUUGAGGGAGGACACCAUCGAGUCUCUCCUGUCAGCUUCCUGCCUGCUGCAGUUGCAGUCAGUGGUUCAGGCCUGCUGUUCGUUCCUCAUGAAGCAGCUCCACCCCUCAAACUGUCUGGGUAUCCGCUCCUACGCCGACGCUCAGGGCUGCAAUGACCUGCACAGGGCCGCUCACGCCUACACCAUGGAACACUUUUUAGAGGUGGUAGGAGGCCAGGAGUUCCUGUUACUCCCAGUGGAGGAGAUGGAGAGGCUGCUCACGUCUGACGAUGUAAACGUGCCAGAUGAGGAAACCGUGGUAACCUCUUUGCUAACGUGGGUCCGCCAUGAUGCCGACACACGACAGCGUCACCUACCCUUGCUGCUGGCUCACAUCCGACUGCCACUGCUGCAGCCACAGUUCUUGGCAGACCUGGAGUCCAACCCUCUGCUCCGGGACAGUAUGGAGUGCCAGCGGCUGCUCAUGGAGGGGAUGAAGUAUCACCUCUUGCCCCAGCGCCAGCCCCUGCUUCAGAGUCCUCGCACCCGGCCCCGCAAAGCCACUGUUGGGGCCAUGUUCGCCGUAGGGGGCAUGGACGCAACAAAAGGUGCUACCAGUAUUGAGCAGUACUGUCUGCGUCGGGAUACGUGGAGGCAGGUUGCCACCAUGAGUGGUCGCAGACUACAGUUUGGUGUAGCUGUCCUUGACGGCCGUCUCUAUGUAGUGGGCGGCCGAGAUGGACUCAAGACCCUCAACACUGUGGAGUGUUACAACCCGCACAGCAAGACCUGGAGCGUCAUGCCUCCCAUGUCCACACACAGGCAUGGCUUAGGUGUAGCUGUCCUGGAGGGGCCCAUGUACGCAGUAGGAGGACAUGAUGGCUGGAGCUACCUCAGCACAGUGGAAAGAUGGGACCCCCAAGCUCGCCAGUGGAGCUUUGUUGCAAGUAUGGCUACACCCAGAAGCACGGUCGGAGUAGCUGUACUCAAUGGCAAAUUGUAUGCAGUUGGAGGUCGUGAUGGUUCAUCCUGCCUGCGUUCAGUGGAGUGUUUCGACCCACACACCAACAGGUGGAGCGGGUGUGCUCCGAUGGCUAAACGACGUGGAGGCGUGGGUGUGGCCACAUGGCAUAGCUUCCUGUACGCCAUAGGAGGUCAUGAUGCUCCAGCCUCAUCCCUUUCAUCCCGGCUAAGUGACUGUGUAGAGAGGUAUGAUCCUCAGACAGAUGUGUGGACGGCAGUUGCCCCCAUGAGCAUCAGCAGAGAUGCCGUCGGUGUUUGUCUCCUUGGCGACCGUCUCUACGCCGUUGGUGGUUAUGACGGGCAGGUGUAUCUCAGUACUGUAGAAGCUUACGACCCUCAGACGAACGAGUGGACACAGGUAGCACCUCUGUGUCUGGGAAGGGCAGGAGCUUGUGUGGUUGCCGUCAGACUCUGAAAACACAAACACCAACAUCCUGUGUCGGAUUGUGGAUAAUGUGACUCAGAGAUCCUCUUUGUCACCGCAGACAUGCUCCCUUAAGUCACAUCAAGAAAAACCCAUCUGCCUGCCAGCAUGUGACCAACACUGGGAAGUGAACGCACUUAAGGUUUUACACUUCGGCAAAGUCGGAUUUAACUCUCCAUAACGACUGCCUAUCAUUCAUUUUAAUGUUUACGGCUAGGUAAGGGUGCAAUCGUGUGACAGGUUUCAGAUGAUGUUUUCAUAUUUGAACUUCACCUGAUAACUCCUGCCACAGAAAUGCACCGACACCCAUUAAGACGAGGAACCUGCAGUGCUUACCUGACUACGACAGAUCACCUGUCUUGCAGCUUCUUUUUUUUCCUCACCUAUUAUUUUGUUCCUGUAGACAUGUUGGGUCACACACACAUAUACACGUACACCUACAUGGUUGCUUUCAGCUUCUAUUUCUGCUGACAGAAAGGUGAGAGAGACAGGGAGAGAUUGUCAUGACUGUUGAGGUGCCUCAUCAUUUUACGCUCUCUGUUCUCCUAACAAUAUAUGAUAGUGUGCAUUGAUGCUAUUUUUAAUAUAUUCCCUAUUAUUUUAUGCUGCAGUUGGCGAGUUGCUCUCCUCUUUCUCUCGCUUCCUCGCCUGCUGACAGAUGAAAGAAAUACUUUUGACAUAAUCAGCACAACUUAUGAACAGCCAUACUGUAAGAAACUGUGACGCUCUUUAUUCUUUCAGUCAAAAAACAUAUCAUCAUGCUUUUAUGUAAUAUUUCUCUGUGUAUGUCUUCCAUGUUGCAUCAGCUCACAUCUAAAGCAUACAGUAUACUGUGAUUUUUACUAACUACAGCAGCAAGAACUUUUUUUUCUUUUUCUCUUUGCCAUUGUUCACAUAAUUGAGAUCCAUUAAAGCACAACUUCGGUGUGACUAAUCUUCCAAACUGACUAAUGGGAACAACAAUUUUUGAAAUUGGUUGCAGCCAAGGGAAUCGUGAGUCAUCGUCACAGUUUUUUUAUCCUGACAGGCUCAGAAUUUUAUUAUUAGUGUCUGACAACAUUAUGGAAAGAUGGAGAGGUCUUGUUCUGAAAUCUCGUUAUCUGAAACCUUUUCUAUGUCAUAGUUGAAUAUUUACAGGAUUUCGACAAUGGGGAAAAGGUCUUCGAAUUCGAUGCCUUCUCAUAUUAAUUUCAGCUAGAGUUAGGGAUGAAGAAAUUCAAGAGGCCACAAGGAGAGAGAGAGAGGGAGAGAGAGAGAGAACAGGCAGAGGAAAGUGAUCCAGCUGCUGGAAGGCCACAAAGUUUGAGAGACUUUGUGUUCCUGUGGAUGCUGUGGCCCUCUGCCCACAGAGGAAAGAGUUUGACCUGCUGCAGCUCGAUAUUUAGAUUUCAGAGCGAGACUUCUCCUUGAGUAAAGCUUGGUUGGACACAAUAACAAACUGGAUCAAGUCAAAUCUAAAGAAAAAUGUUUUAUUUCUCUGAGAAUUUCUAAAAGUAACAAUCUGAGCCUGUCAGUGGCAAAAACAAACACGUAACGUUGCACUGGGGCUGUGCAAUGGCCCUUGCAGCUCGUUUGCAGCUGGCAGUUGCAGCACUCUUCCUCAAUGCUGGACCAAUUUCAAAAAAUUGUUCUCCCAAUUUUUCACUUGGACACAAAAACAAGGGAAAUAGGAUCCAGAUUGAAAAUACCGAAGUUUCCCUUUAAGCACUGUUAUUAGGUUUAUAACCUGAGUAAUAAUAAUAAGAGCAACUGUGGCCCUUUGUUGAUCCCUGUAGGGAAAUUUUGUUUUCAAUUUCCCACUGAGCACAGGGUCAGCUAUUUACAGGCUUGGUUUUAUACAGGGUCAGUUUUCUGUCCUACCUCCCUCUUUUUCCCGUUUCCUCAGUGUGUGUGUGUGUGUGUUCAGAGAUUGCAAGAGUAUAUUUUUAUCUCAAAUGAGAAUCUUCUCCCUUCCCUUCUCCACAUCUUCAAUUCCCUGCUGCUUUCUCUUCAUCCCCAUUUUCCCAUUUCAUCACUACACACACACACACAGAUCCACGCACCACUACGUAUUAAAGCAGAAUUGGAUACCCAGACAAAAUGAACAACAGGCCAUAUAACGAGACCAUGAAUUUAAUAACGUUGAUUUAGCCGGUGCCGACGUUUUGUUUGAUGUCUAGUUCAAAGCGUUAUUAGAUUUGAUGCCGCUGCCGACAAAGUAUGAGACGUUACUAGAAAAUGAAUCCUGUAAGACAACCUCAUGUGUUUUUAUUUGUCAACUUACAUGUCAAGAAACCUCAAAAAUACAAAGAUGCUGACUGCAGGUUCACUACUGACACACGUCAUGAUCAUUUUAUGCUGGAUACUUAAUUGUGUGUUUCCACCGUGUGGCUCAAUGUGUGUGUGUGUGUGUGUGUGUGUGUGUGUGUACGUGUGUGUGUGUUUAGUGUACAGAAAGCAAACUCCUGACAGUGAGAGGCAAAGCAGGCAUCCUGUCUGAACUGACAGAUCUAGAGCUAAUGUAGCCCCCAGGAUGCACUUCACCAACACACACGGACAUAUCACACACUCACAUACACACUUGCACAAAGACACACUUAACCACACAGCUGAAAGCCAAGUACCCCAGGAGCCAGUGAAGAUUGAAAAGCCUCCCAGAUUUGCCGGCAUGACAUCUAAAGAGCAGAGACGGUGCAGGCUGGCGAUUCCCCACUGCUGAGCUGAUGUUUAUUCAAGCCUAAUGCACUGCUGCAUUAUUCUAUUUUCUUCUCCUUUAAACAUGCCUGCUGUUUAUUUAGAGAGUAAUUCUCUUUAGAUCAGAGCAAAAGAAGUGUGUCACCUCCACUGUGUAGAGGUAGUCAGAGAGUUUGAUUUCAGUCAGAGGUUAAAAAUAAAGACAGACAUUCCAAAUCAAACUAUAUAUUUCCUGUAUAUUAUGUAGAAAAAUAUAAAAUCUGUAUGUAGUCUUAUGCAUUAUGCUGUAUAUUUUACAGUGCCCACUAAAUCUAUCAUGUGUUAUUGUGCGUUUCUUUUUGUACCAUGAAUGGAGAUGAAAAAGAAAUGUAAUAAAAUGACGGUGAGAAAUGGUACAGCUGCUCAUCUCCUCUUUUUGUACCAGAACUAUUAUUACGCCUCCUCUUUUACAAUAAUAAUGAUGUAUGUACAAUAUAUGCUGCUGUAAUAUGCUGUUAUUGGUCUUUUAUACAUUAAAGUCAAGAUGUGAUUUAA